GCAGGAGGAACAAAUGGCCCAGAGGAGGUGAUGGAGCGCGUGACGGCGAUGCUCGGUGAAUGACUGAGGACCGAGAGUGAAGUUCAACCCUCCACGGGUUUGCGUAAAACGGUGUCUGUAUUCUCUGAAGUUUCAAAAUGGAGUCCGCUCACCUCCUGGGCAGCGCUAAGAAGAGAGUAAAGAUCCACCCUCACACCGUCACAGCCAAAUACGCCACACACACACCAUACUCUCCUCAGCCCGGGGUGCACACACACUUCCCUCAACCCGGGGACGAGGGCUACGACGAUGCCCCGUCCUUUGAAGACUUUGGCUCCUUUCUGGAGGAGACGUCAGACAAGAAGCAGCUGACGGAGAGCAGGAAGUGGCCUCUGGCUCUGUUCAGCUCCAAAGACAAGGACAAGGAUACAGCACAAAAACCUCUGGGUGCCGGCGGGGUGGAUGGCAAUGAGGGGGCAGCCAAAGCAGCAAAGGGGUCUGGGAAAGGGGUCGGGGAACAGCUUGCCAGUUUUGGCGAGGCAUCCGUGUCGGCAUCUCGCCUCACCUGGGUGGGGCUGCUCGGUGCUGCGGUGGCUCACGGCUGUUUGAUUGUUCUGACCCGACUGGCCUCUGAACGCUUCAGCCUCGGCCCUCUGUUUCUACUCUUAGUUCGAUCCAUCGUCCAGCUCCUCUCUGUGGCUGUACCACUGCACAGAGGUGAGAACCCUUUUGGACCGGAGGGCUAUCGUCUACGCCUGUUCUGCUACGGCAUUGCUUAUUCACUCUCCCUCUGCUGCGCCUACUCGUCCUUAACCUUCAUCUCUCCUGGAGACGCCACCACGACCUGGCGCCUGGCAACCACAGCACUGUCGGCGACUCUGGCCUUUCUGCUCCUGGAGGAGAGGCUGGGGUUGGCUGAUGGGAUCACCAUAGCGGCAGGGCUCUGUGGUUUGGGGCUUGUUCUACUUCCCACAGAAGAUGAGAGCAACUCAAAUUCACCAACUGACCCGGCCGUGUUCUGGAAAGGGGCUUUUGGCUGGUCACUUUCAGCACUUGCAGGACUGUGGAUGGCCCUAGCGCUGGUCAGCUAUCGCUCCCUGAAGGAGAGGGUGGGAGUGGGCACAGCUUUGUUCACAGUGAGCUGGACGAGCUGUCUGCUUGCCCCAGCCUCCCUGGUUCUCCUCCAGGAAGGAUGGUCCUGGCCCAUGAGUGCCCCAGCUUGGGGCCUGGUCCUGGGCCUGGUUGCCUGCUCGGCAGCAGCCUUCCUGGGGAUGACGCACGCCCUCACACGACUCCACCCGGCGCUGGUGUCAGCCUCUCAGAGCCUGGAGGUACCUGUUGCGAUGCUGCUGCAUCUCGCCGUGCUGACUCUGUUCCCCACCGCGCCUGAGCUCGUCGGGAACGUGAUGGUCAUACUCAGCGUUGUUUGGCUGGUGGCCAUGAAGCUGCUUCCCUCUCGAGGGGCCGGGCGGCGGCAGAGGGAGGAAUAUGAAGAGAUUCUGGACUCGCCCAUCAAAUAA